AUGGAAAGUAGCUCUAAAAUAUCACAUGUGAAGAGUAUUUUGAGAACUGGAUACAAUAGAUUCACUUACAUAUGGCAAAGGGAAAUGUUACUUAAGGGGAUAGCUGUGGCUAUAUGCUGUAUACUAUGUUUAGCUGGUAUUAUUUAUACAUCUAUUAUCGCGAGAAUUCCAGAAAAUAAAAUUUCAUUUUAUAUUUAUAUCACACUUUUUAGUUGCCUUAUAGAUCUUUUACAAAGUAAGAUAACAAGAGUUUUGUCUUCAAUCUCAUUCUUUUUAAGUGUUUUGUUGUUAGAUUCAAAUCCAGCAAUAGUAGGUAAAAUUCUGGACUUUUUUACUUUUGUUAUAAUUUGGGAUGCUUUUAGCAGUAAUGAAUCGGAAAAACAGAGAAAUAGUGCAAUAUUGAAUGCAGAUAGACUUUUACUACCAUUAGUUAAGCAACACCAUGAGGAAAUAGUGGCUGUAUAUCAAAAUUUAAAUCUGAAUGAUAAAGCAGUUGGAUAUAGAGUAUAUAUGAGUGGAAUAUAUAUUUCUAAGUGUUUAAUAAUGUCAUUUAUUUGUAUUAUUUUAGUGGUUCAAAAACUUCUGCAAAUAGCUCCAAUUCAUAAUAGUGGUGAAUAUAGCAUAAAUAUAAGCAUUUUUAUUUAUGAGGGAUUGAAUAAAAGACACAUAAUUUUUGGAACACAAUUAUUAAUUAUAUUUAUUUACAUGAUUGCACAGUACAUAUAUAAAUAUUACGAAUAUGAAGAGCAUUUAAAUGAUGAUAGUUUGAAAGAGUCAGGUAUAUCAGAAUGGUGGUGUACUGAAUCAAUAACAAGUAAAAAGCCGUAUUUUAAUAUAUUAAGUGAAGGAUAUACUAAAGAUAAUAAUAAAGAGUACAGCUUACAUAUAGAAGAAGUGUUAUACUUUUUUUUUUUGUUCUUGUUUGGCCUUAUAAGCCAAAAAAGUUAUGAUCUAGAUUUUAUGUUAUAUCUAGACACUACAAAUUUGGCUAUACCAUGUAUUUUAUGUAUAUUGGCACCAUUAGUUGGUGGAAUAUUGGAACUUGUUCGUAAUGACAGUUGGAAGAUGAUGAUUCUGUUAGCUUUCUGUUUUUUCCAGUUAGGUUACUGGGGAUAUGAAGUACAUCCUUUCUGGAUUUGUAUUGCACUAUACUUCUUUUUGAUAAACUUGUCACACCUAGCUAUUUUGAAAAAUUCGGAAAACUUAAAGUUUUGUAAAAAUUUUCCAGUAACAUUCUAUGCUUUGUGCAGGACAUUGAUAUCUCUUGGAGGUCAUUUUGGGAUUUUUUUGUUUACUACCAGUUGA